AUGGAGAACGAAGUAGAGUUGAGCAUCGAGGAGACAAACAAGCUGAGGGAGAAGCUGGGGUUGAAAAAGCUAGAUGUGGAGGAUAAGCAGGACAAGAAGAAAAAGAGGGGGGUGUCGAAAAAUGAGCCAGACAACGAACCGAAGGGACGUGCCAAACGGGGAGGCAAGAAGAAUGGGAAGAAGGACGAAGGUGAGGAAGAUAACCAAGAAGGGGGGGAUCCCUUGGAAGGGGAAGAUAAAGGCGGACGGACCAGAACGAAAGAACCCCCCAAGGGAAACAACAAAUCGACGAAAACGAUCAGCGAAGAGUUUAAUGACGACAUAGACGAUGUGGAGAAAUGGAUAAGCAAAACGAGAAACACCAUCGAUCGGAAGCUGGCCGAUGAGGAAGGCAUCAAGUACAGUGACGAUGAUGAAGAGAAAGGAAAAAAAAAAAAAAAAAAAAAAAACGUGGCUAGUGGUCAUGCUACGGUGGAACACAAAAAUGAAGAACUAACAGAUGACAUGAUUUUGACAUUGAAAGAUCAACACGUCUUAAAUAAUGAGGAAGAAAAAGACUGCCUAAUAAAUGAGGAAUUAAAAAAAAAAAAUGUGAAAAGUUUACUAGCUAAAAAGGAUGACAGUUUUUGGAAAAAAAAUUAUUAUGACCCCCUCUCGUACUAUGACGAUACGAAUAAGCUGAAUGAAGAGGAUGGAUCAGCUGUGCAUAUGCUUUCAAAAUAUGACGAGACGAAGCACUCCUUCGAUGUGACUAUUAAGUAUGACGACGAUGGUGAUGAUGAUGACACUGCGCAUGCUGGAAGGGGGAGAGCCAAGGGGAAGGCGAAGGGUGGAAGGACUGCUAAGAGUAGGAAUAAUCGACCUGAUGGUGAGGAAAAGGGGGAAAGCCAGAUGCAGCACACCCAGAAAACGAUGCCAAUGCGGCAAACGACUAGCCCAGAUGGCGGCAUCUUCAAGGUGAAGAAAAGAAAAAUCCAAAAUAUCAACAGGAGGAAGAAGGAGGAGGACGCGUGGGCCUUUCUGUACGAUGACCCAGAGGGGCAGGAUGAAGAGGGAGAGGCGCCUGAAGGAAGACAAGCAAUGGGGAGCACCACAGAGAAGAAUACAACUGAGGGGAAAACUCAAUCCAACGAACAGAACAGCGAAAACGCGAACGUCAUAGAGGACGUUCUUAAAAAAAUAAGAGACGAACAAUCGAGCAUGGACUUUAACAGCUACUUAGAUUACGAUCUGGGCGAAAACGAGGAGGACAAGGAGCUGUACGAACUUCUGCAACAGGGGAAUGCCCUGAAAAAGAGAAAAAAGGAAAUGGAUUACCAAAAGGAGCUCUUAAAAUAUAUAGUUAUAAAUGAUGAUGUGAAAAAGAACGAAGAUACCAGCGGCGAUGUCAUUAAGUUGUCUGACGCGUCCGAGUUCUGCAGAAGCAUAACUCUCCCGAUGGAGAUGCAGGAAAGUGAGAAUAUGGCAAAGCUGCAAAAAGGGGGGGGAAGCCUUCUCGACACAGACGCAAGUGCAUUCCUCGGGGAGGACCGCUUAUCCAAUCCGCUAGCUCCUCUCAGUGUGAAUGCAAACGACGAUAUGUUAAGAUCAACUGAUGGGCAGAAAGGAAAGGGGAAAACCACCAAGGGUGGCCAGACAAAUGGUGGCGAUGACGACAACGAUGAAGAUGACAACAACAUGAACUUAAACGAUGACGCAUUUUCCCAAGAUGGGGUGUCUGAAAUUUUUAACGAAAUUAAACUGGAUGAGGGAUUGUACGGAGCGCUGGAGUAUUUAAAAACAAAAGGAGAAUUAAAUAUGGAAGAGAAAAUUUAUCGAAAUCCGGAGAACAGACCGUUGCAUAUGUCCACGUCAAAGCAUGAUAUAAAGUUGGACUACAAGAACGACUCGGGCAAGGUGAUGACGCCCAAGGAGACGUUUCGAUACAUUUCUUGGAUUUUUCACGGCAAGAAACAUGGGAAGAAUAAAAUGGAGAAGAAAUUGAGGAGGAUGGAGAUCGAGCGCCGCUUUAAGGAGGACCCCAUGGGUUCCCUUCCCACGCUCAACGUCCUGAAGAAGGUGCAGCAGGUCCACAAGAAGUCCUACUUCACCCUGUCGAAUAAUAACUGA